UGAAGAUAUACAGGAAGACUUGUAUACACACCAAACGGAGAUUCGUUGGACUAUACAGAGUAUAAAUGACUAUGGGUUCUGAAAAUGAGUAUCUCAAGCAACUUCGUGAUGAUCCUUGCUGUGAUCAGGGAUGUCAAAGCUGCCAACUGUGUUGACGACGCCGCUUGUGGCGCCCACGGUACCUGUCCUGACACUUCCGCACCAUGUGUGUGUACAGACGGAUACUCAGGGGAUGACUGUACAACAGCACCUGUUUGCACCGCCAGUGGAAAUGAAUGUGGCUCCCACGGUAGCUGUGACACUAGCGGCAGGACCUAUUCCUGCACCUGCACUGGUGGAUACACCGGCGCCACAUGUACAACCGCACCUGUUUGCACCGCCAGUGGAAAUGAAUGUGGGUCCCACGGUAGCUGUGACACUACCGGCACUAUCUAUUCCUGCACCUGCACUGAUGGAUACACCGGCGCCACGUGUACAACCGCACCGUGUACUAGCGGGGGUAGUGAGUGUGGCACUCACGGAACCUGCAAUACAGAUGGCACCACUGUAAAGUGUGAUUGCACACCUGGCUAUACCGGGACACUUUGUGCACAACAAUCAGGAGGAAACCGUGUUACUUUUCUUGCACAACUUCUGCUGAUUCCCAUAGUCCUUUCUCGCUACAUGCAGUAACAACUUUCCCCUCAUGACAACAGAAUGAAGACAAUUCGCUCCGUUUGAUACAUUAUUAAUCACUUUCGAGUUCCUGCUCUACUAUCAAAGAGAAUGUUUGUAAAAACAACAUCUUCGUGUGUAAUCAUAAUUAUAAUCCUUUGUAUGAAAAUCCUUAGCUCUGAAAUAUACAAGCGUGGUAUAUGAAGGAUUGAAGUGUCCAAAUGACUACAGAACAAAUGCUUAUCACUGCUUGAAAUUAGUACCAAUAGUCACAAUUCCAUUCUUAUUUUUAAAAGCUCCAAGAUGGUGUUUAUUGUAACACUAUCGUUUUUCGACAGAUAUCAUAUUUUAUUAGGUCAAAGACACUUGCACGCUUCAAUUCUCGUGUUCUUUACCUAGAUUACAUGUUGAGCUCCUGACUGAUGUCAGUUGUUCCGUCGAAAUAAACGGUUCAGUUCACGGCAA